UCCUGUUCCUAUCUAGACACACUCUCCUCUCUCAGCCUCUGAGGCAAAAGUCCCGCCUUUUCGCGCGCUUCCGGCGGAGGAAGUCGCAUUGCUGUCGUGACCCUCGCUUCCGGCCGACAACCGCUCGGAUCCGAGGUGUAAGUCAACCCCCGACGCCGGGUAUAUAUGAAAGUUUGGUUCUUGAUCGUGUUCGAAAAGUAGGGAAGGUAAGUAAUGGCGCCGCCGAUCGGGUGGUGGAACGAGGAGGCCCACCGGGGGACGCCGGUGGUAGUCAAGAUGCAGAACCCCAACUGGUCCAUCGCGGAGAUAUCGUCCCCUGACGACGACGAUGAGUGUGCCGUCGUGGCCGGCAAGGAGUUCGCCGCCGCCGGUAGAGGGGCGAGGAAGGGUGCCCGGGAGAGGAACGCGAAGCAGAUCACGUGGGUGCUCCUCCUCAAGGCCCACCGCGCAGCGGGCUGUCUCACCUCCCUCGCCUCCGCCGCCGUCCGCGUCGCAUCCGCCGUGCGCCGUCGCGUCGCGUCCGGUCGGACGGACUCCGACGCCGCCGUCUUCUCCCCGGAGGAGAGCCCUUUGCUGCGGUCGCGAUUUUACUCCUGCAUCAAGGUCUUCCUCUGCCUCUCCGUCGUCCUGCUCGGGCUCGAGGUGGCGGCGUACCUCAAAGGCUGGCAUUUGGGCGCCGCGGAGACGAAACAUUUGCUUCUUCCUUCGUCCCUCGGCGUCCGGGGGCUUCUCGAGUCGCUCUACGGCGGGUGGGUGCGCUUCCGCGUGGAGUACAUCGCCCCGCCGCUCCAGUUCCUCGCUGACGCCUGCGUCAUCCUCUUCCUCAUCCAAAGCGCCGACCGCCUCAUCCUCUGCCUCGGAUGCUUCUGGAUACGCUUCAAAGGGAUAAAGCCCAUUCCCAAGAGCGCCACGGGAACCUCCAAGGACCUUGAAUCCGGCGGCGAGGACUACCCAAUGGUUCUUGUCCAGAUACCCAUGUGCAACGAGAAAGAGGUGUAUCAGCAAUCAAUUGCUGCAGUGUGUAAUUUGGAUUGGCCAAAGUCCAACAUUCUAAUUCAGGUGUUGGAUGACUCCGACGAUCCCACAACACAGGCUUUGAUCAAGGAGGAGGUGGAGAAGUGGCAGCAGAACGGGGCUCGGAUUGUUUACAGGCACCGAGUGGUUCGAGAUGGUUACAAGGCUGGAAACCUCAAGUCAGCCAUGAAUUGUAGCUACGUCAAGGACUACGAGUUCGUCACCAUCUUCGACGCCGACUUCAAUCCGUUGCCCGACUUCUUGAAGCGGACUGUGCCUCAUUUCAAGGACAACGAGGAGUUGGGAUUGGUGCAGGCAAGGUGGUCAUUCGUGAACAAAGAUGAGAAUUUGCUGACCCGGCUUCAGAACAUUAACCUCUGCUUCCAUUUUGAGGUGGAGCAGCAGGUGAAUGGGGCCUUCAUCAAUUUCUUUGGGUUCAAUGGCACGGCAGGAGUCUGGAGGAUCAAGGCACUAGAGGAUGCAGGAGGAUGGUUGGAGAGGACGACAGUCGAGGACAUGGACAUCGCGGUGCGAGCUCAUCUCAAAGGAUGGAAGUUCAUAUUCCUCAACGACGUGGAGUGCCAAUGCGAGUUGCCCGAGUCGUACGAAGCUUACAGGAAGCAGCAGCAUCGAUGGCACUCUGGUCCUAUGCAGCUGUUUAUGCUCAGCUUGCCGGACAUUCUCAGAUCUAAGAUUGGGUUCUGGAAGAAGUCCAACUUGAUAUUUCUGUUCUUCCUCCUCCGGAAACUCGUCUUACCUUUCUAUUCCUUCACCUUGUUCUGCAUUGUCCUUCCAUUAACAAUGUUUGUUCCGGAAGCUGAGCUCCCUGCAUGGGUGGUGUGUUACAUUCCUGCAACCAUGUCCUUCCUCAACAUCCUCCCAGCCGCAAGAUCCUUCCCUUUUAUCGUCCCGUAUCUUCUCUUCGAGAACACCAUGUCGGUGACUAAGUUCAACGCGAUAAUCUCGGGUCUCUUCCAGCUCGGAAGUGCCUACGAGUGGGUGGUGACCAAGAAGUCCGGUCGUUCCUCCGAGGGCGAUCUUAUUUCUCUCGCGAAGAAGGAGCUCAAGCAGCAACGACAUGUCUCCCUGCCUAAUCUUGAAGCCAUCGCAAACGGAAAACCGCAGCCUGAAAGGGAGAUGAAGAGAAAGCAUAACAGGAUUUAUCGGAAGGAGCUAGCGCUUGCUUUCCUACUCUUAACUGCGUCAGCUCGGAGCUUGCUGUCGGCGCAGGGUAUCCAUUUCUACUUCCUCCUUUUCCAGGGGAUCUCAUUUCUACUGGUGGGUCUUGAUCUGAUAGGCGAACAAGUCGAUUGAAGGAGUUGGUGAAGAUUGGAUUUACCAGUACAGCCACUCAUCAUAUUGAAUAACAUUACUUUCGAGAGGGAUCACUGCAAGUAAUACUUCUUCUGAGUGGAGAUAACAAGGAUGUUCUUUUUCUUUCAGCUAUCAUUCAUUUGUAAGAAAUUUUGAUGUUAGAGAGUAAAAUAAACUUGGGUGAAUCACUACCAUGUGAAUUCCCAAGUAAGAAGAUGUAACAGCUCCAACACAACUAUUACAGGAAGAUGAGAUGUUCACCAAAGUGAAAAUUCUCUUCUUUUUGCUUUCUUUCA